CAUGCACUGAUUGAGCAGGCACAUACGCCCAGAUGAGUCAUAUGAGCACAUACCAUCCUUCCAAUCAGUCAGUAGGCACGCACGCAUCAUUUGUUAGUCCCCCCAUCUACGCAAGCAAAGCAGACAUGGAUGCAUCAGUCAAUCAGGCCUUAUGGCCAUCAACUGCUUCCUGAUUACGCAUUCACGAAGGCUACACCCACAGUCAGUGAUACGGCCGACUAUACGGCCUAUUAGGAGCACACCACUGACUGGUAAGCGAAAGCACACAGAGCGAGGCACGCAGACAGGCACUGACAGACCGACCGACAGGUUGAGAGCACGCACGCACAGAACCCUCUGUAUCAUCUCACACACCGACACCGAAAGCAACUACACCCAAUCUCACAAAAAGUCUUUCUCACCGCAUUCACGAUGCCGGGGAUCAACAACGACCUCAUCGACAUCAUCCUCAGCAUCAAUCACGUCAGUCGCGUCACAUUCACCUCGAUGAAGCCGUCGUUGUUGGCGUACAUGCGCUUGAGGUCGUUGGCGAAGGGACAGAACUCGUCGCUCUUGGACGGGAUGUGGGUCACGCGAUCGGUACCGAUGGUGAACAGCUCUUUGUCGUGGUCGCCGACCGCUCCGAUCAGGCAGAACCAGUUGGCGCCAGGCACGCGCCGGAACGGCUCCAUCACCCUGACCCCAAUAUCCGUGAUCCAUUUGACAUCGGGGUGGUUCCGGUCCCAGCCACCGGCGCCGCACUUGAUGCCUCCGUCCUGCCAGGUCUGACCAGGCUUGGCUUCGAACGCGUAGGUCUUGCCUGCCUCCAACACCAGGCCGGUACGGUUGUAGAACUGGUGGGCGUAGACCGGUAGCGUGCGCGUCUCGCCGAGGUUUAGCGGCUUCAACGGGUGCAUACCGAUACGGAUGUGGUGGGCCAGGUUGUCGAAGGUGACGGUGGUCCCGUCCGGAUAGAGGAUGUCGUGACACACUUUUUUUAGGCUUUGCGGCCGGUAGUCGUCGUCGCCGUAAAUGCGCUCGGCCACCGUGUGGUGUAUCACCGGCGGAUCGUUGGUGAUCUGGUCGUUCUUGAUCUUCACGGCGCGGCGAUCGUGCAGGGUGAACUUGGAUAUGGGCCAGAUCCGCGACUGCUCGUGACUAAUGCCAAACUUGUUGGCCUCUACGAUAAGGUCGUCGAGUUCGAUCUCGAUCUCGUCGUCGACAGCGCUGAUUUCAUCGUACUUGACCGCCGUCGGCGCAAUGGUCACCACACCGGUCUCGCGGCGCUUGAGUUCGGCUAGCACGAAGCGGAGUACAUUGUCUGACAGGCCAUCGCGGCGGUAGCCGCCGCCCACAUCGCCGUGGGAGCCGGCGAACCAGACCUCGGUCACCCGCUCUUCCGUGUUCAUCAGCGUCGGCUGGAAGGCCUUGCGCUUUUCGUCCAGCGACACACAGUGAAGGGCCUGCUUGAUGUUGGAUGCAAUCACGCGGUUCUCGAAGACCACGUCCGAGGCCGGACGCCGCUCGACGUUCAGGUCGGGCAUGCCGAUGGACGCCACCGUAUCGAAGCAGAUGAGCAGUUCCACCUCGGCGCGCGCCUCGGGCUUGAUCUCCUUGCUCAUCACCGAGCAGAAGCGGCGGGCGAUCGCCGCGCCGCGACUGUAGCCCACCACGAAAAUCUUGUCGCCAUCCUUAUAGUACGUCUGCAGGUCUUUAAGGCCGGUCUUGAUGAUGCGGCCGACGUCGGUGAGGGCGAAGCCGGCGUUGAAGAUGCGGUUGAGGACGUGACCAUAGGUGCCGACGCCCGGGUAGUACAGGCUCUGCUGGUCCAGCUUGUGUUUGUUGCCGUUGUUGAGGUCGCCGCCGAACAGCAGGUGCAGCUUGAGCACGUUGGUGAUGCUGGCGUCGCGCAGCCCGCCGCUGCUGGUUCUUUCCUGUACCGCGUCUUCGGGAUCGCUGCAGGUGCCGUCAAAGCAGAAGAUCAGAUUUUUGGGCUUCACAGGCCGAAAUGCGUGACGACUGGCCGCAGCGGCUGACAUCGCGGCCAGAUGGAACCGUCCGGCCAUGGCAACGAAGAAUGCGAAAGGGCAACGAGGAACACGAGAGGGACACUGGGAGAGCGAAAUGAUGGCGGAGGAGGA